AUGGCGAACCACGAGGAACUGUUCCUCAGUUCCGAACCAACACGACCGACCCAGUCCGAGACCCCCAAACCACUGCGGAUCAACAAGCAGUCGAGUCCGAACGGUCUAGCGGCCGGUGUAGACAAGCCUACAGCCCAGUGGGCGAACUAUAUCGUACCACAACCGGGCUCAGCAGCUUAUGGUGCACCUACCAGCCCCCCGCCAACAGGACCGCUCCCAUACCCGGAUGAGAGACAGCGACGGGGUGAGCGACGGGCUCCAGGUCGAACAGCGACACCACAGGAAGCAGCAGCAGAGGAAGGUCGAGCGGGAGGCCCGCCCGGUGCGAGGAGACAGAGCAUGGCCUCCGAUGCUUCAUCAGGAGCCGGCAGCGCCAACAGCAGAAGAGCGAGGUUCGACGCAGGCGAUCCGAACAGACCCACAGCAGGUGGAUACGGUGCCUCGCCUCCUCUCUCCGCAGGCAGGAUAGCGGAGAGGAGAGGUGCGGCACCGAAGAGUAUCGUUCCGCCUGAUUCUCCUGGUGGGCCGGAGCCGCCGCAUAAGAGUAAUGAGGACGAUGAUGAGGGUGGGACACUGUUCAGCAUACCUGUGCUUGGGAAGACUAAGACAGGUGCUGUGACGCCUGGACUGGGAAGCAUGAGUCCGCCUACUAUACAGACUACAGCUGCCACGCCAUCGGAUAGUGGAGAUUACCAGCAUUACUAUCCUCCUCCGCUUGCUGCAGCGCCGAGUCCGGCAGCAGGUGUGCCACAGGGCAUACCCACUGAUAGGAUACAUAUUCCGAAUCCUGCUGGAGUGAACAGGCUGAGUAGUACAGCUUCCACAUCGACGACAAGAGCGAGCAGGGGUAGUCCGCCACCUCCCGAAACUCCUAUCGACCCAACGCCACAAUCUGGACUUAGCGGUAUCGAGGCGCGAUACGCGGCUUCUGGCAUACCAGGACAGGACACUCUCAAUGAAAUGCAAGCUCAGAGUGCGGCUGCGGCGGCAAGAAGAGCAGAAUAUGCUGCGCCAAGAGCACAGCGAGGCACGCCUCCAGUCACUCAGCAAGCAGUAGCUGGUGCACCAAGUGGUGGGCGUUGGAGCCCGACUGAACGGCCAGGCUCACAACCUCAUGGCUCGCAACCUGUCACAUUCCAGGGCACAGAAGAGAUCAGCUCGAGAGGAUCCAAUGUUCCCUCUCAGUUCAGACCUCGACAAACAAGUCAGCCUACUUAUCCUACGCCUCCUCAGCCUUCUACUGGUGGUGGCGGUGCAGCAGAGGGUCUGAAUCAGCGUAUGGGUAGUCUGAGCGUACAUGAAGAGCCGCCGCCAGCUUAUUCGCCUCCGGCGCCUGGUACUGUGCAUUCGCCAUAUCCUAAUGAGAAGGGACUUCGAGCGAAUAAUGGCUCACCUGCGGUGGGCAUUGCAAAUACUCCAGUAGCACAGCCGAAGCCUUCCACGCAGGAUCCGAACUUGAGACAGCAUCCAGCAUUCGCAAACAGUACGCAGCCUGGGUCAAGCUCUUCACCACAACCUCAGCAUCAACAAAAUGGUGCAGCGCAAAUACUGUCUCCUGUCAAUACUGCGCAGGCCAAUGCUCAGAGUGCUUCUCCUGGUCCCUCUGGCACCGGUCCAGCUUCGCCGCCACCAUUACCAGAGGGUUGGAUAGCACAUCUGGACAACAAUUCGGGUCAGUACUAUUAUAUCCAUCUACCAUCGCAGAGUACGCAAUGGGAGUUUCCAAAAGGUCCAACGCCGCUCAAUAUGCAGGAGCCUAUGAGUCCGGUCUCGACCUUCAAUAAUCCUAUAGCCUCGCCUGUUUCAUCUGUGUUCAAGCAGCCUUUGGCCUCGCCUGGAUUUGGUCCUGUACCACAGUCUGCAACGUUCGACCCAAGAAACAGUAUGCUCAGUAUGAACUCGCUCGCAUCACCGACCGCCACAGGAGGUUUCACGGGUCCGCCACCUAGUGCAGGCGUAGACAUGUACAAGAUCCAGCCCGCGAACGGUGUCUACUUCGGCCCUUAUCUCCGCUACACAAACAUGGACCUCGAGCGUGGACUCUGGCUAGGCAGUAUCAUGGUCGUCACGGAUGCCGCUCAACCACCCACUAUCCACAUCCACCAAAGCACCGAUCUCUCACCCAACCCACGACAACUCAAAGCUCACCCUAUCCACAGCCACCAACGCUGGAUCUUCUACCGUUACGACGUCGACCUUCGGAUGGAAGAUGACCGCUCCGCCAAAUGGACAUACGCCAUUACAUCACAUCUCGGCUGUACACGAUACGAGUUCCUGGUUGCUGGCCGGCACGAAGUAAGUUGGCGGUUCGUAGCUCACAGCGGGAACGACUUUGCGCUGAACGUCAAUGCCAACGAGCGGACGAAGUUGGGCGGAGUGGGAUUAAUGUGGCGAGACGUCCUACUGAAACACCAAGAAUGCGGUGGGUUCCACACUCAAGUCGGGCUCGGCGGGCAGAUCUACGCGGAUAGAUUGUGGAAGGAUAUCCCAGCUCUACGACAAUGGACGCAGAUCAGCGGGAAGGAGAAUCGGAAAAACACUCCCUGGAGUCCCAAGAUGGAGGAGGAUGUCAGCCACGCUUAUUUCCACUACUACACCUCCCACUUCGACCAGCCCGCGAUCCGAGAAGCGUUCGCCCAGAUCCCGCAGGUCUGCUGUCUGGACGAUCAUGACAUCUUUGAUGGCUAUGGCAGUUAUCCCGAGUAUAUGCAACAGAGCCAUAUUUUCAAGGGACUGGGUCGGUUGGGAAUCGAGAUGUAUCUUCUCUUCCAACAUCAUACUACGCAUGAGAUCCUGCGAGCGGUGAAUAACGAUAUUGAUCUCUUCACUAUUACUGGUACGGGCUGGCAUUUUAUCAAGUAUUUCGGUCCGAGUGUGGUUCUUGUGGGGCCGGACACGAGGAGUGAGCGUGGUACUGGGCAGGUUAUGGCGGGUCCGACGUAUCAAGGUCUUUUCCCGAAGAUUGCGGUGUUGCCGCCGAGUGUCCAGCAUUGUCUUUGGCUUAUUCCUGUGCCGGUCAUUUAUCCGAGGUUGGAGGCCGUGGAGCAAGUGGCGCAGGUUGCUACGACGGGGAAGAAGAUGGUAACUGGUGGCUUUAAUAUGCUUGGGAAAGUUGCUGGUGGUGUGGCGGGUGUGGUGGGUGCGAAGGAUAUGGUUCACUCUGGAUUUGCUGGCGUGAAGAAGGCAGUAGGGAAGUCCGGUCUGAUGCAGAAUGUGCUUAGCCCAUUCGGCGAGGUGGAGGUCCUGGAUGAGUUGCGAGAUAUGUGGACGCAUGAGUCAAAGGACCUCGAACGCACAUAUCUCAUCCGCACCCUCCAAGGCAUCUCCCACAACAAAUCCAUGCGCAUGACCUUCCUCUCCGGCUCCGUCAACGUCUCCGGCGCCGGCCUCGUGCACGACCCAGCUCAUCCUUCGGACCACAAAACAAUGUAUCAACUCAUCAGUUCCCCGAUCGUCAACGCGCCCUCACCGGCAUAUGUAAUCAAAUUCUUGCAUAACAACAAACCCCUCUACAUCCCCGCCAACGGCCACCGAUCCACCCCCUCCGUGCCUACGGAUACGAAAGAAGAUAUGAUGGAGAUAUUCGCCGCGGAUGUUGAUGGACGACCGAGGGAAUUGAGGCGAUUAAUGGGCAGGAGGAGUUAUCUUGCUAUGGUUGCUUAUGAUCCCGAGGUCGUGCAGGGGAGUUUUGGGAAUGUGACGCCGGGGCAAGGGAGCGGGAGGUUGAGUUUAGCGGCGGAUUUCAUGAUUCAGGGGGUUGAUGGUAUGAGUGGCGGUGGACAGCCGCUUAAGUAUGGGCCUGUGGUUAUUCCUAGUCUUGAUUAUGGGCGGUGA